UUCAUUUGCAUGUCUUCCAGAAAUAUUCAUGUGUGCUUGCCCUUGAAACAGCCUCCAAAGAAGCAGAGACUUCCUCUAAGUAUAGCAAGAGUGGUAAUGAAGAAUCAAAAGGAAAGGGAGAAAAAACUGCUGGAACAGAAUAUGGUUCUUGGACGUUUUGGUGGCAAUUUCAGUGGUGGUUCUAAAAGAUCAAUGGAGAAGCAAAGGCCUGAGAACAGGGUUCUGAAAGCAAGUGAAGGUCGCUUUAGAAAUGGUGUACUUGAUGUUAAGCAUUUGUUACAUGCAACUCCAUCUAGAGACCGCAGCGCUGGUGCCCAUGUGUUUAGAGAGAACAAGAAGGGAAAUGGAAAGCAGAACAAAGGUAAGAAAAUGAUCGGUAUGGGCCCUUGAAUGCAUGAAGAUGGAAAAUCGUUUCGAACAAAAGAGCAGAAAGAUUUUGCUUCUAUUUGUUCUCCUAUUGGCAUUUGAGCUCAAAUAGUAGUGUGAUCCAUCCUACAACUACUUGUACUGACAUUAGUAAUUAGCAUAGAGUUAGAAAAUCUUCUCUUUCUGUGUUUUUCUUCCUUGCGCUUAGAAAUGUUUGCAAUACUUGCCCCUGAAUUUUGUUUUCUACCAUUUGAGGCUAGACUAGCCAAAUGCCUAUAUUUCA